AUGUUUGGGAACCAAGCAGCCGAAGAGACUUCCGAGCCCUCGUCACCUGAGGGUACAAUAAGUGCCAGUUGUAUUGAAAGAAGGAAAGACGAUAUUUAUGAAGCACCACCUCCUUGUAAGAUUUGUGAAUAUUUGUUUCUCGGCACCUGUCCUGCCGGUCAUACUACCGUUGAUCUUGACAAUGAUACUGUUUGUAUUUGCCCUUCGGACCAUAGCUCCAUACCUGAAAGGCCAUUUUGUAAGCGCAUCGAGGUCGAGCCAAUGAAAUCAUCAUCAUCAGCCACUUUGCCGGUGAUUUUUGGUGUUAUUAGUGGCUUAUUGCUGGUAAUUUCAGUGGGUAUGGGUGUAUGUUUUAUUAAUCAAAAGCGGCGAGCCUCAGCAACUAAAAAGCAAAACUACAAACCCACAUUGAGUAUUCCACGAGCAACGUUACCAACUUUAGUUAAGACAGCAUCUCUCGACGAUGUCGGUUUGAUCAAUAUUGAAAGAAGCAAUGAUGGAACGAGCAACGAUAGGUCACAUGAUGCAUUUUCAGAUUUUGGAGAAAUCGAUUCUAUUACCGACCUGAUAGACACUAUGAUCGUAAAUGAUGAUCUCGCCGACGAUUUCGCUGAAGCAAUCAAUCCAAAUUUCAUAAUACCACAAACAACGAUGACGCCUACAUCUGACUGUUUCCGGUAG